AUGUCUACUACAGUUGAAAAAAUCAAAUCUAUUGAGGAUGAAAUGGCCCGUACCCAAAAGAACAAAGCCACGUCCUUCCAUUUGGGUCAGUUGAAGGCAAAGCUGGCCAAACUGAGAAGAGAACUGUUGACCAGUGCUGCAUCCGGUAGUGGUGGUGGUGCAGGUAUUGGGUUCGAUGUGGCUAGAACUGGUGUAGCUAGUGUGGGGUUUGUCGGGUUCCCGUCGGUGGGGAAAUCCACAUUAUUGUCCAAAUUAACUGGUACUGAAUCGGAGGUAGCAGAAUACGAGUUUACCACGUUGGUUACUGUUCCAGGUGUCAUCCGUUACAAGGGUGCCAAGAUUCAAAUGCUGGAUUUGCCCGGUAUCAUCGAUGGUGCAAAAGACGGUAGAGGUAGAGGUAAGCAAGUCAUUGCCGUGGCAAGAACCUGUAACCUGCUAUUUAUUAUUUUGGAUGUUAACAAGCCCUUACAUCAUAAGCAAAUCAUCGAGAAGGAACUGGAAGGUGUGGGGAUCCGUCUGAACAAGACUCCGCCUGACAUCUUGAUCAAGAAAAAGGAAAAAGGUGGUAUUUCCAUCACGAACACAGUUCCCAUGACACAUUUGGGAAACGACGAAAUUAGAGCUGUCAUGGGCGAAUACAGAAUAAAUAGUGCCGAGAUUGCCUUCAGAUGCGAUGCCACCGUGGAUGACUUGAUCGACGUUCUGGAAGCUUCGUCAAGAAGGUACAUGCCUGCAGUCUAUGCUUUAAACAAGAUAGAUUCCUUAUCAUUAGAAGAAUUGGAGUUACUUUACAGAAUCCCCAACGCGGUGCCCAUCUCAUCCGGUCAAGAUUGGAACUUGGAUGAAUUGUUGCAAGUGAUGUGGGAUAGAUUAAAUCUAGUCCGUAUUUACACCAAACCAAAGGGCCAAAUACCCGAUUUCUCCGACCCUGUUGUUCUGAGGUCGGACCGUUGUAGUGUCAAAGAUUUCUGUAACCAAAUUCACAAAUCUUUGGUGGAUGAUUUCAGAAACGCUUUGGUUUACGGCAGCAGUGUCAAGCAUCAACCUCAAUACGUGGGGUUGAACCACGUGUUAGAAGACGAAGAUGUUGUUACUAUCUUGAAGAAGUGA